AUGGUCGUGCGAUCAACGGUGCAGUCAUCUUUCAAUUUCAAUCAAAUCAAAACUAAAACUGUCGAGAAUCUCAUAUUUCAGUUGAUCAACGAUGUAACAAAUAUCACUGAGACAUUUCCACUACAACCUGGACAAACCGCUGAGAGCUUAGUAGUGGCCGUUGAGCGCAGUGUUCAACAGUUUCUUGAACAAGGCGAUGCUGCCAUCCGAUCCUGUCCACUGGCACAUGGAUCUGCUCUUGAAACCCUAUCUGAUGCCUUGGUGGAUGUGCGAGAUACUGGUAUGCGCUACGUUUCUUCAUAUUUUUUUCUUCUAUCAUACGCGUAUGUAAAGGGGACAAACAUUUCGAGAUCUUGUUCGAAAUAUCCAGUUAAAAGAGUUUAUCAUAUCACAACUUCUUCCCACCUUUAUGACGCUUUCUUUUGGGUGAAUACUAUUGAUUCUACAGGGCAGUCAAUGUCGUAUGCUGGACGUGAUUUCAUUCGGGAUAGUUCAUCGUCUCAACGGCGCGCCUCUGCAGUCAGUGCAGGGAAGUCUUUACUGCAGGUAGUAGUCUUCUCUAAAAAGGGAUCAGUUAUGGUAGUUGUGAAAGCUGUCGCUCACUUCCUCAUUCUCGCCGAUUCGAUAGAUGUUGCACUUAUUAUCGAAGGCAUAGAUAAGAUACGUACGCUUCUUGAUGGGGUCAGAGCUGCGACAUCAAAUCAAGAAGUAGUUGAUCGAUAUCAACUUUUGAUUGCAGAAAUCGAAGAAGUAGAAGAAAUUAUAAAAAAGCGCAUUGUUGAUUUGCGAGAUCCAUGUCAGAAAGACGAUCUCCUGGCCUGUAAAGGACAUCUGAAGUCAUUGUGCCCUUUAAUUUUCGCAACCACAAAGGCCUUUGUCCGUCAUCCUGAAAGCGAUGAAGCUAGGCAGAAUCGAGACUACGCUCAAGGAGAAGCCGUUUCUACACUGAAUGCAAUCGAUGCCAUCUUGAGAGGUGAGAGACCAGAUGUGUCGUUCACAUCACAAGGACGAUUAGGGCAGCUUAUUAGCGAACUCGAUCAGUUCCAAAAUCGUGUCUACCUUGAGCCAGGCACCUACAAAGCCCACAUACAUCGGCCCGAGCUUGAAGAACUUCUUGAACGUAUCGUGAGUGGGUCAGCUGCCAUUGCAGAUUCAGGAAGUACUCGUGCAGAUCGAAAGCAAAAAAUCGUGAAUGAGUGCAACAAUCUCCGGCAGGCUCUUCAGGAUUUGCUCGGUGAAUACGAAAAAAGUUGUGGCCGAGAAAACAACGAAGAUGUGGACUUGGCAAUGGUGCUUGUGGGACGAAAGGCUAAAGACUUAAGAAGGCAUUUACGACGAGCUGUAGUUGACCAUGUGAGCGAUGCUUUCUUGGAUACAAGUACGCCACUGUUGAUCCUAAUCGAUGCAGCAAAGCGAAGAGAUGUUGAAGGAACCACCCAAGCUGGCCAUAUGUUCCUUGAGCAUGCAAACAAAUUGGUCGAUGUGGCACACUUGGCAUGCGAAAUGUCAUCUGAUGUGGAGGGUGUCCGUAUUAUCCGCUACACAGCAAACCAAUUGAGGGAUCUGGCUCCACAGGUUGUGAAUGCUGCUCACUUGUUGUGCGCUCGUGCUGACAGCAAAGUAGCUCAAGAGAAUAUGGAGAUGUUCCGCGAUUUAUGGCAGGAUAAAGUUCGGCUCCUCACAAUGGCCAUUGAUUCAAUCAUGACGCUUGAUGAUUUCCUAGCUGUAAGUGAAGCGCAUAUUGUCGAAGAUGCCAUGACAGGCUUGCAGGCUGUUCACGAAGGCGAUGGUGAUAUGCUUGAUCGAGCUUCUGGGGCUAUUAGGGGAAGGUCACUAAGGGUGUGUUCUGCAGUUGACGCUGAAAUGGACGCCUUGCAGCCCAGCACUUACACUGAUAGGUUCCUCUCACUUCUUCGUGAUUCCUAUCAGGUAUCAAAACUGUGGUGCUUCAGAGAUCGCGACUCCGAUGAAUUUAUUAAUGCUUGCACAUUGGUUCAUGACGCUGUGAAAGAGAUCCGAAAUGCUUUACUUGUCAAUCGGCAUCCUGAAGACGUGGACUCCGACAACGAGUACGAAGAUGAUGGUCAAACGAAUGUUCAUGAUAAUACUAGUCGGAUCUCAGAGGGCGAGAACCAGCAGAAAAUCAUGCGUCGAUUGCCUGAAGAAGACAAAAAGAAGAUUCAGGAACAGAUCGAUGUGUUCAAAAUCACACAGACGAAGUUUGAACGGGAAGUAGCGAAAUGGGAUGAGAGUGGAAACGACAUUAUCGUACUAGCUAAACAUAUGUGCAUGAUUAUGACAGAUAUGACUGAUUUUACGAGAGGCCAUGGGCCGCUGAAAACAACAAUGGAUGUUAUUCGCGCAGCCCAGGAAAUAUCUGUAGACGGAUCGAAGUUGAAUGCGCUGGCAAAACAAAUCGGCGAUGAAAGUGUGGAUUCGAAUACGAAGGCAGAUUUGUUUGCUUACCUAUCGCGGAUCACCUUGUAUUGCCAACAGCUCAACAUUUGCAGCAAGGUGAAAGCGGAUGUGCAGCAGAUUGGAAAUGAUGUAGUUGUUUCUGGCCUGGAGUCAGCGAUGUCGUUAAUUCAAACUGCUAGAAAUCUUCUUGGCGCAGUCGUAUUGACAGUUAAGGCUGCAUAUAUUGCGAGUACCAAGUGUGCACAAAGCGAGCGCGCUCGCGUAGAAGCAGCAAUGGCUUUGUGUACUUCUUCAAUGCACCCUCAGGAAGACGGUGAGAAAUUUCGACGUCAUAACUCUGCUGCACCUCAAGUGCAGUGGCGCAUGGCACCACCAAUGAAGCAGCCGUUAGUGCCUGUGCAAAAGAAGCACGGCGUGAUAAGGCGCGCGAGUGAGCGACGACCGAUGGCGCCAGCUCGUGCUCUUGCCGAAUUUGUACAGUAG